CGGGGCGCACGCCGUAAACAGACAACAUGGCGGCGGCUGCGGCGGUACCGGGCGCUCUGGGCACCGUGCAGGCCAGCCGCGCGCGUCUCGGCCCCGGCUGGCGGCUCUCCGGCUCGUGGGUCGGCCGGCGGGUGGGCCCGGCUCUGUGGGCCCGGGCCUGGGCGUCCGCGGCCGGGGGUCCCGCCCCGCGGAGGGGCUACGUCUCGGAGGUGAAGAGCGAGGAAGAGCUGCGGGUGCGGCAGCUGGAGGAGGAGAACCGCGGAAUCCUGGUGCUUGGAAUCAACAGAGCUUAUGCCAAAAAUUCACUCAGUAAAAAUCUUGUAAAAACGUUAUCAAAAACUGUGGAUGCUUUAAAAUCUGAUAAGAAAGUUCGGACCAUAAUAAUUAGGAGUGAAGUCCCAGGGAUAUUCUGUGCUGGUGCUGACCUUAAGGAAAGAGCCAAAAUGCAUCCCAGUGAAGUUGGCCCUUUUGUCUCCAAGAUCAGAGCAGUGAUUAACGACAUUGCGAAUCUUCCUGUGCCCACCAUCGCAGCGAUAGAUGGACUAGCUUUAGGUGGUGGACUUGAACUGGCUUUAGCAUGUGACAUCCGAGUGGCAGCUUCCUCCGCAAAAAUGGGCCUGGUUGAAACAAAGUUGGCGAUUAUUCCUGGUGGAGGGGGAACACAGCGAUUGCCUCGUGCCAUCGGAAUGUCCCUGGCCAAGGAGCUCAUUUUCUCAGCACGAGUGCUCGAUGGCCAAGAGGCCAAAGCUGUGGGCCUAGUCAGCCACGUGCUAGAGCAGAAUCCGGAGGGUGACGCUGCCUACAGAAAGGCCCUGGACCUAGCGAGAGAGUUUCUGCCUCAGGGACCUGUUGCAAUGAGAGUGGCAAAAUUGGCAAUUAAUCAAGGGAUGGAGGUUGACUUGGUAACAGGAUUAGCCAUAGAAGAAGCUUGUUAUGCUCAGACUAUUCCAACAAAAGACAGACUGGAAGGUCUUCUUGCUUUUAAAGAGAAGAGGACGCCUCGUUAUAAAGGAGAAUAGAAGCAACAGAAACUUAUAGGCCUCUGUACUAAGUGGACUUCCGGAAGUGUCUUUCCGCCCUGCCCUUGGCCUCCGAGGUGAGAUCUCUGACCAAAGUGACGCGAGCGCAACUGUCAGGUGUGCGAGGAGAGCGCCUGGAGCCGCCCUCUUCUGCCUACAGGUCCGUCUGUCCGUCUGGAUUGUAAAGCUAUAGUACGUGUUGUCAAACACAGAUCACACUAGGCAUACCUUGUACAUAUUUCCUGCAUAUGAAGCUUUCGGUUCUGAAUUUUCUAAUGUGAAUAAUUUAUAUAUUGCAUACUCUAGGGAAUAAUGCAGAUACGGCUACUGUGCUGUGUUAAGAAACUAAAAUUCUUUCUGUAUACCAAAAAUGUGAAGUUAUAACAAUGUGAAGUUAUACCAAAUAAAAUUUCAGAGGUAUUACAUGGGAACAGACAACACACACACACAUAUACACAUCUCAAACUGAAAAAUGAUAAGAUUAAUUCUGAGUCAAAACUACCUAAUAUAAAUAAAAUUAAUGAAAAAUAAA